AUGGCUGAUACAGGAAAGCGUCAAGUUUUGCCUACUAAUGUUAGACCAACCCACUACGACUUGACUUUAAUUCCGGAUCUUAAGUCCUUUACCUUUGAGGGGACUGAGACUGUCAAUCUCGAUGUUAAACAAAAUACAAAAACUAUAACCCUUAACGUGAAUGACAUUCAAGUCAAGUCUGCAAGGCUGUCAAACUUGUCUUUGAAGACUAAUCAAAGCCAGAAUUCUAUAGAUAUUUCUCACGAUACUCAAAAGCAGACUGUCACUCUGACUUUUCCUGAGGAACUUCCUGCCGAAGCUAAAGCAUCAUUGCAUCUUGAAUUUACCGGGAUAUUAAAUGAUAAAAUGGUUGGUUUUUAUCGAAGUUCUUAUCAAGACGAGGCUGGAAAUACAAAAUAUUUAGCUACGACUCAAUUUGAAGCAACUGAUGCACGCCGUGCUUUUCCUUCAUGGGAUGAGCCUGCAAUUAAAGCUACCUUCGACAUCACAUUAAUUGUUCCGUCUGAGUUGACUGCUUUGAGUAAUAUGAACGUGAUCUCCGAAACUCCACAUGAGGAUGGCAAAAAAUGUGUCAAGUUUGCAACAACUCCAAUUAUGAGUACUUAUUUGGUCGCAUUUAUCGUUGGUGAUUUGGCUUAUGUUGAGACUUCUACUACCGGUCUUCACAACGGUGGAAAGCCUGUUUUGAUUCGUGUUUACGCGACAAGAGGCAGCGAACACCUUGGUCAAUUGGCUUUGAAUGUUGCUGCGGAUGUUUUGGAGUACUUUGCUGAAGUCUUUGACAUUCCAUAUCCACUGCCAAAGUGUGAUAUGGUUGCUAUUCCGGACUUUGAGGCUGGUGCUAUGGAAAAUUGGGGUCUUAUUACUUAUAGAACUGCUGCUAUAUUAUUUGAUCCUAAAGCAUCUGAUGCUAAGUUCAAGCAACGUAUUGCAUACACUGUUUCGCAUGAGUUAGCUCACCAG